AUGGACGACACGCAGCGCGUGGCGGUCGUCGAGCGUCUUUGCGCCUUUGCUGCGACGUACAACUUGGAGACGUCGUUCCAAGCCUUUGCUGCGCAGCAUGCGAUGACCUUUUCCACGUUUGACGAGGACGACGAGCAGCCGCUUGAGUGCUUUGAGCUCUUUCAGACGUACGAGUGCAUGCACGAAGCCAUGAUAGCUGCGUUUCUCAACGACGAGCAGAUGGACGCACGAGAGCUCUACGACGUCCUGUCGAGCGUCCAAGCGACGAUGCGCGACUCGGACGUCUUCGAGAGCCUCUCGAUGCUGCUGUCGGCGCUGGAUUUCCCCUACUUUGGCCGGCGCAUGCGCGACGAAGCCAUCGAUCAGCAGCGCGCGGCCAAAGACGCCGACGACAUGGGAUUCUGA